AUGACGCAAAACACAACCCUCAAGCACCCGACCCUGGGUUCCAUCCUUGGUGUUGACUCAGACCAGACUAUCCAGUACAGGGGAAUUCCAUAUGCAACGCUUGAUCAUCAGUUCGCGAAUGCCGUACUUUUCGAGAAUCAGGGCCAGCACCCCAUUGACGCGACUCGCUAUGGACCACAAUCUGUCCAGCCGAGUGAGACUUGCGACAUGGAGCAUACGUUCAUCCAGCAUGCGCUACCGCAUGAAGAACUAAAAGACUCACCGACGGAGUGUCUAAAUCUCAACAUCACCGUUCCUAAAGGACAGGGGUCAGGUCUUCCAGUAAUCGUCUUCGGCCACGGCGGCGGGUAUUAUCUGGGCGCCGGCUCGUGGCCUCAAUUUGAUAUGCAGCGUCUUGUCGCCUUGUCUGCACGCUGUGGGAAGCCGGUGAUCGGAGUCACCAUCAACUACCGGCUAGGAGCUCCUGGUUUUCUUACGUCCGAAGAGCUUAUCAGUCAUGGUAUCAAGCCCGAUCGAGGCCUACAGGAUCAGGUUGCCGCGUUCACCUGGAUCCAACGCUACAUUGGGGGAUUUGGUGGAGACUCUUCCAGAGUGACGGCUUCAGGAGUGAGCGCGGGAAGCAUCUCAUUACUUCUCCAUUUGACCAAGAACCAGCCCCUGUUCAGCCAGGCUGUUUGUAUGGGAGGGACUCCAGCUCUCAUGCCGCUCUUGCCUCUUGAGGUCGCCGAGAGCACUUACGCGACUGUACUGCAAAAGCUUGGCAUUGACGAUCUUCCACCUGCAGAGCGCAUCAAGAAGCUGAAGGAAACGGACCGUGAAGGCUGGGUCUCAAAACUCGGCCCAGGACUUCCCCUCAGUCCCGUCGCGGACAAGAACGGAAGCAAGCCCCCGUUCUACCAAGCUGGAGUGCCCGACGACGCCGUUAGCCCGCCGGGCAACGAUUGGUGCCCUCGGAUCAUGAUGGGGGACUGCGAGUUGGAUUCCUCAAUCCUGGCCUACAUGCUCGGCCCUGGUGUGGAGCACAUCGGGACCAAAUUCCGCGUCGUCCUCGACAAGUCCCUGGCCGAUAACCCGGACGCCAAGGAAGCCGUGUUGAAAGCGUACGACACGCGGCCAGAAGAUGACAGCCUCGGCUUCCUACGAUUUGCGCACGACGUCGUCCAGCUAGCUGCCACGAGGCUGAUAGCCAGCCGCUGGCCGGGUUCGGCGUACGUUUUCCACUUCAACGAACCGAACCCAUGGGAAGGGCGUUUUCAAGGCGUGGCGUGCCACUUGCUAGAUACUGCCUUUUUGUUUCAGAAUUACGAAGAGUUCCUCAACGAGGAACAAGCCUCAUCAGGGAGAACUUUUGGUCGCCACUUGAUUGAGUUUGUUAACGGCGAGGAGCCUUACGCCCCUUUCAAGGCCGCAUCUGGGAAGGUCCAGGUCUAUGGGCCGGGAGAGCCCAGGUCACGCCAGGUCGACGCGGAGGAUCUUGUCGCUGCUGGGCGGAGGAAUUAUGUGUUCUCGUUGGCUGAGGAUUUGGGACUCGACAGGCAAACCCAAAUUGUGCACAUGACUCUGCAUCCGUAG